GAGCUUAUAAUUAACUGUGAAUAUCAUAGUCGAAUUUUCUCGAUAACAAUAUUAUCUUGUAGCUUGUGAAUACCAUAGUCGAAUUGACUAGUAUAUGCAUACAGCACACCAACGACGACUUUCUCCUCCAUGCUCGCCACCUAACCUAACCCCAUAACUACUAUAUCACACCUUCAAACAACACAAUCUUUGCUCUCUUCACUCUUUUUUACUUCAGUUCUUCCAUAGCCAAACAAUCGAGCACCAUCAUGAAGGAACUCGGGCUUCUCCUCCUCCUCCUCCUCCUUGUAACGGCGGAUGCGGCUCGGUCUCCGUCUCCGGCGAGCGGCGGGUUGCCGCCGGCGGUGGUGAGGGAGGUGUACGGCAACGGUCGGCUGUUCGACAUCACCCACCGGGUGAAACCCGACCUGCCCAAGUUCGGGUCGGCCGGCGGGGUGGGUCAAUUGGUGACGCUGGUGCAGAGCAUGAAGAACGGCUCGACGUGGAACGAAGGGGAGAUCAACCGGAUGGGGACACACACGGGUACCCACGUCGACACGCCGGGACAUUUCUACCAGGAGUACUACGAGGCCGGCUACACCCUCGAGUCCCUAGACCUUGACGUCCUCAACGGCCCAGCCUUGUUGGUUGAUGUUCCCCGGGACAGUAACAUUACUGCUGAAGUUAUGAAGUCAUUGCAAAUCCCAAAAGGAACAAGGCGUGUGUUGUUCAGGACUCUGAAUACCGAUAGGCGUUUGAUGUACAAGAAGGAGUUCGAUUCAAGCUUUGUCGGGUUCAUGGCCGAUGGGGCACAGUGGCUUGUGGACAACACAGACAUCAAACUUGUUGGAGUUGAUUACUUAUCUGCUGCUGCCUUCGUCAACGCCCGCCCAACUCAUCUAGCUUUCCUGAAGAGCAGGGAAAUCAUUCUCGUCGAAGGUAUGAAGCUUGACGACGUUGAAGCUGGACUGUACAACGUUCACUGCUUGCCUAUGAGGCUGGUUGGAGCCGAGGGAUCGCCAGCAAGAUGCAUUCUCAUCAAAUAAUCAUCUGUGUAAAGUAAUAUGUACUGCUGUAAUUUAAAGUAUAUGCAUACUGGUAGUAUAUCAUAGCCACUAUUGCCUAUGACAAUACUACCUAUCCAAAAUCGUCAAUGUUCAUUAUGUGUUCAUCCAUUACGGUAGUAUAUUUGCUCAUUCUCGAUGUUCAGUAUAGUUGGAGAUACAGCUAUUACAAUUCGUAAUAUUAAUCGAAGAUUAGGUUACCAAAACAGUAGCAUCAAUGUGGUUUCAUCCUAAGGGAAAACCUCAAUUAGUGACCUAAAACCAAACAAAGGAGUGACCUUGUAGCGUUGGAAACCAGCUUCGAAGAACAGCCUCUCCCAUUCCUUUUCAGUCCUCUCCUUUCCAUUAAGCAUAAACAUCAUCACCAUGUCAAAAUUCAACUUUGUUUGAGCCAAUUCAUGAUCCACCUCCUGCUUCUCAUCCAUCACAAUGUCGAUUAUUAUCACCUUUCCUCCCUCCCCUUUGCUCGAAAUGGCAUCCUUGCAUUUCUUCAGGAUUUUGACACACUCUUCAUCCUUCCAGUCGUGUAAAAUCAUCUGAACCAACAGUUAACACCACCACAAUAAAUAAUAACAACAAAUCGAACCGGCUGAACGAAUGGUGAUUUUUGUAAGUUGGUAAAGUUUGAUCGAUGGUAACACCUUUUUUUUUUGGGUAGAAGGUAACACCUAAUUUAGGUGUAGGUAAUAACCCCUUAUUAUGCACUUAAUUAUGUGUAGCCAGAUUUGCUUCCUCAAUCUUAAGUGGGGUAAGAUCUAACCUGUGAGAUGAAAAAGCCUUUUAUUUUACCUAAAUUUUUUAACUGACUUGUAUUUUCUUUGUUUUAAUUUGGAACUCAUAAAAAAAUUGUACAGUUGGAACAAGUUUGUUGUGGUACAAAAUGAUAUUCAUUCUCAAUAUAUUUCAAGGAAAAAUUUGGUAUCAACCCUGGUACCACCUUCAUUUCCACUCAAGUUUUGAAAAAAAAUUAUACAAAAGACACAUGUUCAUCGUAAUCUAUUGAAUCUACAAAUUUAUGUGCAAAAUAAUUCCAUGACCAAAUAUACCACCGUAUACCAUCAUGAUAUAGGUUGGUAGACGAUGAUGAAAGGUGAUAAAUAAUGGUUUGUACACAACUCUAAAAGUAGUCAUAGUCUCAUAGAUAUCAAAUUUUGAAUUUUAACUGGUAACAUUAAUCUAAUAUGAUAAUAUAACAAAGAAUCUCAACUAAUCAAUCCAUUAACUUAGCCCCUAAACCUUCAAUUUUGAACAUUAACACAAAAUCCCAAAAUGUGAGCCCUAACCCUAAAUCUCUAAAUGCUAAAUCGUUUAAAUCAAAGUAAAUACUUAAUGUUCUUUUUAAUCCGCUACUUAGUUAGUUAGUUGUUAUCGUAUGUUAUUCUACAAAUUAAAAUUCAAAAUCCGACACCUUAAGACUACUUCGGUGUACUCACAAAAAUGAGUGCGUUCAAUGCACCCAACUCAAAAAUUAGUCUUAAGGUGUUGGAUUUUGAAUUUUAAUUUGUAGAAUUAGUAUAAUAUGAUGAUAUAACAUAUGAUAACAACUCAUUAGCGGAUUACCCUAAGCCCUAGACCUCCAAUUUUGAGUUCUAUCCCUAAAUCCAAAUUGUAAACACCUAACCCUAACUCUAAAUCCUUCAAAUUAAAGUAAAUAUUUAAUGGUAUUUGUGCAAAUUCAUGUGCGUUAUUGUUCAUCAUAUCAUAAGUGAUGAUCGAUUAUGAAGCGAAUGCACAAAAAAAAGUGAGUGCAAUGAAGACGCCACCAUAUAUAUAUAUAGUUCCACCGUAAUAUAAUCUUUCUUAGUACCAAACAUUACCACCAUAGUUAGGAUUGUCCAUUUGGUUUUGGUUUUUUUGGUUUUAACCGAAACCAAACCAAUUGGAAAGCUAAUGGUUUCAUUUUUUUGGUUUUAAACCAAUAAGUAACUUAAUGGUUUUGGUUUGGUUAAAACCGAAAAACCAAUAGAAACCAAUAAGAAAC